AUGCUUAUAAGAAAAGAACUUAUUAUAAUUAUUGGAAUAGUUGCUUUAUGUAGAAUAUGCUGUAGAGUAGGGAUAAGUACAUAUGAGGAUUUACAUAACAAAGAAAUAGGAGAUGGUUUGUGUAUACGCACAAAUGGGCCACUAUUUCCGGCACGUACAUUUGCUUCUGAGAAAUGUGAUUUAAUGCAUUCAAUGCGGUUUUUGUCGCCGGGAGCAGAUAUAAAUUAUAGUGCAAGAGUUGUUAUUAAUUCUUCUGGAGAUUUAAUAUCAUAUUUUAGUAGAUACUUUAAUAAGGAUAAAGCAUAUAAGAUAAAACAGCUUAGU